AUGGCGAAGAGAUUUAGCGGCGAACUUUCAACGGCCGUUUUUGCUGAAAAAAGUUUCACCUCUUCUCCCCUAACAGCGACCUCCGUCAAAUUGACCCCCACCAAAUGCCUUAGCAACAUGAGCACUGGCAAACAUUGCUUGUCUAAGCACGCCGAAGUUGUUGUUGAAAAUGGUGUAGUUCCCCUUCUCGUGCUGCUGCUGAGCUGUAAGAAAUACGUCAUCCAAAUGAAGGGUAUAAUGGUUGCAUAUUCAUAUAACCAUGGUUGUCAAAAUCGUGAUCCCACUCGUAGGAUCGUACGAUUUUACGAUCGUAGAGCUUGGCGAUCUUGUGAAGACAAAAACUUGGAUUUCCACCAUAUAGGAUCUCAAUUUUGA